AUGAGAUUGUCCGCGUUAGCUUUAGUCUGGAUUUCGGCCUCUGUGGCAUCUGCCGUGCCGCUUGGCGGAACGGAGCAGAAAGUUCUCAACUUGGACCUUCACCAGGAAGACUUUUUGCCAGAGGUUGACUCUGAAACACUGCAAGGGCUCAUUACCGAAGACGCCUUGAGAAGCAGAGCCGAGGAUCUUUUUAAGAUUGCCGAGCAUUCUGUGGCUCAAUUUGGACAUCCAACCAGAGUCAUUGGCUCCAAGGGCCACUGGAAAACAAUUGACUACAUCAAGAAGGAGAUUCACAAACUCGGUGGGUACUACAAUGUCUCUGUUCAGAAGUUUCCUGCUUAUAUGAGUGAGAUUUACAGCAUGGGGGCAUUUAUCAACGGCACUAAGCCAGACUCGCUCACCGAGAUGGAUAUGAGUCCACCGACUCCGAACAAAGAUUACGUGAGCGGGCCCUUAGUGCUUGUUUCCAACAACGGAUGCGACCUUUCGGACUUUCCAGACAACACCGAGGGUUCUAUCGUUCUAGUUCAAAGAGGUGUUUGUCCAUUUGGCCAGAAAUCCCAGAACGCCGGCAAUCUUGGUGCCAAGGCCGCUAUCAUUUACAACAACGAGGAGGGUAGUAUCAGGGGAACUCUAGGCGUUCCUCCUAUAGGAGCUGUUGUUGCUCCUACUGUUGGUAUUUCCAAGCUAGAAGGAGAAAAGUAUGCCUCUCUUUUACGCAACACGUCUUUGAACGCUUCCGUUAUGGUUGACUCAUUUGUUGGAGAAAUCCAUACCUUGAACGUCAUUGCAGAGACUUUUGAGGGUGACCCGGACAAUAUUGUUAUGCUUGGUGCUCAUUCUGACAGCGUUGCUGCUGGCCCAGGAAUUAACGACGACGGCUCUGGUACAAUUUCGUUGCUGGAAGUCGCCAAGCAGUUAUCCAAAUUCAAGGUUAACAACAAGGUCAGAUUUGCAUGGUGGGCUGCGGAAGAGGAAGGUCUCCUAGGCUCCAAUCACUAUGCAGCGACACUUUCUCCGGACGAAAAUUUCAAAAUUAGACUUUUUAUGGAUUACGACAUGAUGGCAUCCCCAAAUUACGAGUACGAGGUUUAUAACGCUUCCAACGCUGUUAAUCCAGUUGGGUCUGAGGAGCUGAAGAACCUAUACAUCGACUAUUACGAAUCAAAGGGAUUAGAUUAUGUUCUCAUCCCAUUCGACGGCAGAUCGGACUAUGUUGGGUUCAUAGAGAAUGGGAUCCCAGGUGGGGGAAUUGCUGCAGGUGCGGAGAAGAAGAACGCGUUCAAUGGUGAGGUUCUGGACCCUUGCUACCACAGCCUGUGUGACAACCUCAGUAACCUUGCCUACGACGCCUUUGUCAUCAACACCAAGCUUAUUGCGCACUCUGUUGCCACCUAUGCUAAGUCUCUGGAGGGCUUCCCUGCUAGGCAGAAGACGGUGGAUGCUUUUGGCCAAGCUGGUUCCAUUUUCCAGUACCGCGGCUCUCACCUAAUUGUUUGA